UGUCAUAGAUCCUAAUGGAAGAAAUGUCAAAAUCAAAUUCAUAGGAGUCCCCUUUGGUCAGACAAACUGUGGACUUUUAUUGCAAAAUGGUUCAAGGGGGACCACCAGAUGAUAAUCUAUUUAGAGCAUUUGCGAGUGCAAUUUACAAUACCAUAGAUGCGCCCGUAACAUGGUUCCGAGAGAAGAUCGUUGAGCCGAACCAGAAGAAAUACCCGUGGUACCAUCAGAAGUUUCGUCGUGUUCCUACUAUCGACCAAUGCUACUCGGAUGACGUGGUGUGCGACUUCGAAGCCAAUGCACAGUUCAAGCGUGAUAGGGCUGUAGAUUCGGAGAUAUUGAACAUUCUUCGUAUGCGAUAUGAAGAUUGUAUGAUGUAUGAAAGACCAGACCACUUGACUGUCUGCAAACCUUUUUGGGAAAAGUACAAGGAUGCUGAGGAAGCUUGGUUUAUUAAAUAUGGAGAUCUUGGCGCUUAUGCAGAUGCAAGGAAAGCCUAUAUGAAACAGAAACAUCGCAUGAUUUGGGAAAGACGCAACGGCCCUCUGUCCGAUCAAACCAAGUGAUACACUCUUUUCUGUGUAACAAUUUGUUAAUAUAUAAGUAGAUUAUGUAUAAAUGUCACUGCAAUAAAAAAAUUCUAGUGUA